CUCUCUCUCUCUCUCUCUGAGUAGCAACUUGCUGCAACACUCUCCUAUCUUCUUUGCACAUCGCUUCUUCUUCUAAUCUUCCUUCCUCCAGCUCGCCAGAGCAUCUCAUGUUGUUUUGUUUCCAAACCUAGUUGCACUCUUGUCGGUUGCAUCUCAGAUUGUGUCACCACCCGCGUAGAUUAGGGCUCUUCUUGAGGAUAUCUAUAGCUUCCAGAGUGCUCUAUAAACUCCAAGGUCAUAGCUCGAAUUAGUUUCCAAUGGAUAAUCACUCAUUGCCGCCGAGCACUAGCACCACCGGACUUGUGUUUCCAUCUUUGGUGGCUGGAGGAGUCAAACCUGAAGCUGCUUUGGUCAUGGACUGGUCUGCUGAAGAGCAGUAUGUAUUAGAGAACGGCCUUGCAAAAUUAAAAGAUGAACCCAAAAUUUCAAAGUAUGUAAAGAUAGCUGCUGCUCUACCUGAUAAAACUGUAAGGGAUGUAGCUCUGAGGUGUAGAUGGAUGACGAGAAAACGGACAAAAAGAGAGAAAAACAGUGCUGGGAAGAACAUUAGCAAUAGAAAGGUGGUGGAUACAUCCCCAGAACUGAACAUGCUAACCAAUCUACCACAACAAAAUGCUUUAUAUGCCAUGAACAAUAACUACCACAGUACACACAUGCCUUUUGAAGGUAUAAGUGACUCAGUAAUGGCUCUUCUACAGCAAAACGCUCAAGCUUUUAGUCAAAUUUCAUACAACCUCUCCACGUACAAGCCGCAGGAUAACAUCAGUAUCUUUUAUCAGGCAAGAAAUAACAUCAGCGCCAUUCUGACUGACAUGAAGGAGAUGCCUGGUGUCAUGAGUCGGAUGCCGCCUCUACCUGUUUCAAUUAACGAUGAUCUUGCAAGCCGUUUAUUGCCGAGUACAACAACACAGCCAAUACCAUACACCAUUCAACCAAACAUCCACAUGAAGCAAGAGCCGAGAAGUUGAUGGAAGAAAGAUGGAUUUUGACAGAUGGUAAAGAAAGUAGCACAAGUACUUGGUAUGUGGUAAUGUUUCCGUGAUCGACAUGGCACAGACACACAAGGGUUUAUGAAGUGCAGACACCACUCCAGAACUGGUGGAACAGUUGUGCUCUCGGGGUAUGUGACUGAAAAGACUGAACUACAUGCCAAGGUAAAAAACUCUUUGGCUUUCAAUAGAACAUAGGUGAUUCCUUGAAAUUCAUAACAGAGUUCCCGCAUGGGUUGAUGAAGCUCCAAAGCCUCUCUGAUGUAAUCUUCUUGACGCUUAAAUUAGUAUAAUGAAUAGUUAGUUCUUUUGAGUUUGGUCUCAAGAGGUUGCCUUUCUGUAAUACUAGACAUUUACUCCUUUUAUCUACUGAUUAUGGUCAUGAACGAAA